GCCAACGGUUCGCGGCUAUGUUCAUUGGCCAUGGGGCGCUGAAUAAAAGAAAGAAAAAAUGGGACGCGCCAGUCGUGUAAAUGUUUCGCGUUACGUGCAUUGUAGCGUUUAAUGCAUGGCGCAUGCGUAGUGGUAGUAAAGCGUUUAUUCAUUUGUCUCUAUGUAACCAAAAAAGUAUUUAAACAGAGAAAAGAUAAGUGAAGAAGUGUAAAGUAAAGUUAAGUAGCCGUUGACUCGAACAAAAUGAUAAAAACUUAUGCCAUGAAUUUAAUGUGAGCGCCAAACGGAAUUUGAAAAAAUUCUUCGCAUACUCAGCUACUUCGCGUAUACGUAUUCGCGAAGCUUAGAAGCUUGGCACAAUUUAUAUUUCAGAUAUGGCUGAGACAAUUAAAUACUAUGGUAAACGUAGAAGUAUCAUUCGACGUAUUGGAUCACUGUUACCAUUAAAGCCUCCACCAAAGGUUUAUAUUAGCGUAACACCAUUGCACUCCAUGAGUAGUUCUAUGAUAGACGAUGAUAGAAGUAACGAUUUCUCCGAUCUUAAUGGUCUGGGAAUAGGAAGCAAUGGAUUGUCUCAAAAUAAACCAGAUCUAUUAGAACCUGUGACGUUUGGCUCGGAAAUUCGUUUACUUGCAUUGGAACAAGAAUUGCAAGACUUAAGAGAGCAAAUAUCAAAAAUAGUUAAUCCAGAAAAACAAAAUACUCCUCAUCAAGCAGUGCAUUUAUGUGUAUUAUAAAAUAUUUUUUAAGCUUGUUUAUCUAAGGGGAAUGAAUUUGUUCAACCGCCGCCACCGCCACCUCCACUGCCACCACCAACAACGCCACACAUUGCACGAAGAGCCAGUUUGCAAGAACACAUGACAGAGGAACGUAAAAAGCCCCCCUUAAGUAUCCAAAGAUCAAUGGGAGAUAUGUUAAAAGAUAUCGAUAAGGUCAAAUUAAAGCCAGUUGCAAGAUCACCAGGAGGGCAUCCAGUGCGAACGAAACGAGAAAACAGUCCUUGCAAUGAUCUACAAGAAAUUUUAAGAAGACGCUAUUUAGCCAUGCAAUCGCCUGAAAGUAAAAAUUCUUCGGUAAACUUAACGCUAGAUGAAAGUUUUUGAAAUUAU